AAGAUAGGAAAAGAUGUGGUGAUGAUGCUAGCUUUAGGUAGAGUGGCUAAAAACUAAAAUAGAAAUUAGAAGAUGGGGUUGAAGGACCUCUAACACUCUCAUUGUAUGGAUGGAGAAACUGAGGUAUAGAAAAGAUAAGGGACUUAUGCAGGAUCACACAGUUAAUAUCUGAGAACAGACAGAGUCAAGUCUUCUUGACUAAAACCAAGCUUCUCUUUACUUGUUCUAUUUAAUCUCACAUGGUUUUAUAAAAUACAGGAAGCAGCAAGAAGGCAGAGAGGACUAUAAUUUUCCAGGAUCAAGAGCGCAGAGAAAGAAGCAGAAGACAAAGAGAGCAGAAUAAUAAUAAUAAAGAGGGAAUAAUAAUAAAGAGAGAAAGACAUUCCUGUAUGACUGUAGGAAAGAUGCUUCUGCUAUGUCUGGGAGGUGGGACCAAAGAGACUAUAAAUUCUUCAUAUAGAAGCAACCCUAGAAAAUCUGUAGGGUUUUGCUUUUUUUUUUUUUUUUUUUUGCAUGGGUUAUAGGGUAAUUACUGAACUGGUAACCAGGCAGUAUUUGAUUUUAUCUCUCAUCUCUUCCCGUUUCUCCCUGUGUAACUAUGGGCAAAUGAAUUUCAUCUCUUUUAGAGCUUUCAGGAGGUUGGAUCAUAUGUUGAUUGGUUGGCCCCUUAUAUAACUUUAAUUCUUACAGUCCUCUAUCUGUAUUAUCUAGUGUAAGAGAUCUUCCCUUUAAGUCUGAAAUUUUCCCACCUAUAAAAUGAAGCCAUUCAUUAAAUAAUGUCUAAAGGUAAUUCUAACUCUUCAUCUCAUGAUUCCAGGAAAUUUCUGUUACUUUACACAGGGCAGAGAAGGGGCAAUGAGCGGCUAACAGUUGCCUGAGCUGGACAUUGUACAUUGGCCUUUGAGGUCUUGGCCACUAGAAAGGCCUUUCCCCUUCAAUGAGAUAGGGGGAAUUCCUCUUAGGGGGAAGGGAGUCACAAUUUAGCCCUUUCCAGACCCAAGAAAAUCAUUUUGGGAGCAAGAAUCCGCUGAUAGGGGAGGACCUGGGAUCAGGGCUACUACUGGGGCUGGGCUGAAGGAAGCAGCCCACUAUCCCAUGGGAUUUAUGGGAAGUCUUCUCAGUUCAGUUGGUAAUUAACUUGGUCUAAAGAUAAAGCCAAAACAAAUAACCAGAGAGCAGCUGGCCCAGAUAUAUCAGCCCGCUUCUUCCACUGUUACCUUGCUAGCCUCUGCCAUGGAGGCCCCCAAGAUCCUGGCUCUGUCACAACUGCUUCUCCUUCUGGGUCUCCCUCUUGCCCAUGGAGACCCUCUGUACCUCCUGGUGGCCCCUCGAGUUCUAUGGGUGGGGAGCCCAGAGAACAUCAUGCUGCAGGUGCAUCCAGACCCUGAGCAGCCUCUGGUCGAGACUCUUGAAGUGUUUCUCACCAUUUGGGACUUUCCCCUAGAGAGGAAGUUGUUAUAUAACCUACCGCUCACACUCAACCUAGAAAACAACUAUAUGGCCUUGGCUCCUGUGACGAUCCCGGAUAGCGUAGUCUUCCCUCCACGUCCAGGGAAGCAGUAUGUGGUCCUCAAAGCCUCCUCCAAGAACUUCUCUCUGAUGAAAACCAUCCUGGUUGCUCCACAUGCUGGCUACAUCUUCAUCCAGACGGAUAAGACCAUCUAUACCCCUGAGCAAUGGAUUCAAUACAGGGUGUUCACAGUGAACCAUGGUUUAGACCCAGUGUUGAGGCCAUUCACCAUCAACAUAAAGAAUCCUCAAGGCAUCUCGGUCAUCAGCCAGAACCUAGGGGAGGAGAGUGGUUUCUUUGUGGGUUCCUUCCAGCUCCCUGAAUUGGUCAGUUUUGGAACCUGGACUAUUGAGGCCCAUUAUCAGAGUGGGCCCCAGAAUCCAUACAGUGUGUCCUUUGAAGUGAAAGAAUAUGUGCUCCCAUCCUUUGAGGUCCAGUUGGUUCCCAAUAAGACCUUCUUCUACCUUAAUGACAUGAUUGGGAUUGAUAUUGAGGCCAGAUAUGUUUUCAACAAGCCUGUUGAUGGACAUGCCGUGGCCAUUUUUGGGAUAAAACUGGACUCUAGUUGGAUUGCCAUCCAGGACUCACUGCAGAGAGUAAAGAUUUCUGAAGGCCAUGGACAUGCUUCCCUCAGCAAGGACACCCUGACCACACAGUUCCAGGAUCUCAACAAUCUCCUGGGGGUUUCAAUUUUUGUCAAUGUUACUGUAUUCUCCUCUGCAGGUGAAAUGGUUCAGGCUGAGCACUCAGGGGUGAAGAUAGUCCAGAGUCCCUAUAAUAUCAGAUUCACCAGAACACCUCAUUAUUUCAAGCCUGGAAUGCCCUUCCACUUUGGGGUCUCAGUCACCCAUCUUGAUGGAUCUCCAGCAUCUGAGGUUCCUGUGCAAUGUGAAGGCAACAGGGUCCAGACUUCAGCUGAAGGGCUUGGUUCCUUGACCCUUAACACUGCAAUCAAUUUGGAGAAACUGUCCAUUCGAGUGGAAACAAAGGAUGAGCUUCUUCAGCCCCAUGAACAGGCCUCAGCUGAGUUGACAAUCCAGGCCUAUAAGACUCAGGAAAACUCUGAAAACUUCCUACACAUUGAGGUCAACACUUUGGAAACUGAGAUUGGGAAAAGCUUUCAAUUAAGCCUCAAUACAAGGCACAAGAAUCAGGACAUCAAAGAGAGAAUCACACACUUCACCAUCUUGUUACUGAGCAAAGGGCAGAUCACACAUGUCCAGAUCGAGCCCAGGAGAGCAGGGGGCAUUGUAACAUCUUCCAUGGUCCUUGUGAGGCCAGAACUACUGCCAUCCUUCCGUAUCCUAGCCUAUUACAUCCUCCCAGGCUCCAGUCCAGAGCUCGUGGCCGACUCCAUCUGGAUUGAUGUGAAGGACACAUGCAUGGGCACUCUUCAGAUAGGCCUGAAGGACUCAACUGAUGAUGGAGUAUAUGAACCCAGUGUCCUUGUGAACCUACUGCUGACUGGUGACCCUCAUGCUCUGGUGGGCCUGGUUGCCGUGGACAAAGCUGUCUACGCCCUAAACAGCAAGCACAAGAUUUCCCAAAAGAAGGUUUGGGAUGUGGUGGAGACUCGAGACAUUGGCUGCACUGCAGGAAGUGGGAGAGACAACCUGGGUGUUUUUACGGAUGCUGGUCUGGACCUCACAACCAGUGCUGGGAUAAACACGGUGGCUAGUGAAGACUGGCAAUGCCCCCGGAGUUCCUCCUCUUCCUCACGCAAAAGCAGGUCCCUGAAAAUUCUGGAAAAAAAAAGACAAAAAGUGAAUGAAUUCAGGGUCCAGCUGGAGCGACGCUGCUGUGAGGCAGGCUUUCGGGAGGGGCCUGUCGGACUCUCAUGCGAGGACCGGGUGCCCUGGGUACGCCACGGCCCCGCCUGCAAGGCUGCCUUUCUACAGUGCUGUCACCACGGGGCAAUGCUGGAUCAGGAGGCCCAGGCGGAGAGGCUGGUGCUGGGGACUGCUGACGAAGAUGAGGACCCAGACUUGUGGAUCCUGGAAGAGGACUUGCCAGUACGCACAGUCUUCCCUGAGACUUGGCUCUGGAGAAAGGUCACUUUGCCCAAAAACCCUGCCCGGGGUUCAAGACUUGCUUCUAUGAUCAUCCCUGUGACCCUGCCUGAUUCCAUCACCACUUGGCAAAUCAUGGCUGUGAGCCUCCGGAAGGGCAAAGGUGUUUGCAUCUCAGAGCCCCUAGAGCUGGUGGUCAGGAAGGUUUUCUUCAUGGACCUGAAGCUGCCCUUCUCUGUGGUCAGGAAUGAGCAGGUCCAAAUCCAAGCCGUGCUGCAUAGCUACCUGAAAAGAACUGCCCGGGUUCGUGUAGAAUUUCCCUACAAGAAGGCGCUGUGUAGUAAGGCCAGCAAGACCCAGUCCUUCUUCCAGAGAGUCUCCGUGCCUCCUGCCUCCUCCAGGGUGGUGUACUUCAUUGUGCUUCCUGUAGAGCAGGGCAAAGUUGAUGUGGAAGUCAAAGUUGAGGGAUCUGGAGUCUGGGACCAAGUGAAGAAAACCCUCUUUGUUCAGGCAGAAGGACAGAUAGAGAGACUCUCUUAUAGUAUGCUGUUGGACCCCAAAGGUCUUACCCAGCAGGAAAUUGUGCAGAGAAGUGUCUUUGAAAACAUGGUGCCUGGCACAAAUGCAGAAGUGUUUGUCAGUGUACAAGGAGACAUUCUUGGUGAGCCCAUCCUUGGAGCGCUGACACCAUCUGAAUUGCACAAGCUGCUAACAGUGCCAACAGGCUGUCCUGAGCAGACCCUGAGCUCUUUGGCCCCUCUGGUCAUCCUGACCCAAUACUUGGAUGCCACGGGGCAGUGGGGUCAAGUUGGAGUGGAGCGAAGAAAACAGGUGAUGGACAACAUUGCUUCUGGUUAUGCUCGGAUGUUGACUCACCGGAAUUCAGAGGGUACCUAUCACAUCCACCAGGAAAGUCCUGGGAGCACAUGGCUCACCAGCUAUGCAUUCAGGGUUUUUGCUAUGGCCUUCAAGUUAAUGACCAAUAAUAAAAUAGAGCUAGAUAUUCUGUGCAGCAGUGCCAAAUGGCUCAUUACCCAGAGACAAGAAGAGGAUGGAAGCUUCCAGGAAAAAGCCCCAGUGAUUGUAAAGUCCAUGCAGGGCGGAUAUUGGGGUUCAGAGGCCAAAGUUUCUCUGACUGCUCUGGUGCUGAUUGCCCUGAAGGAAGGCAAGAUUCUAUGUACCUCUGAGGACCUGAACGUGAGUGCCAGUAUCCAGAGGGCUGCCACCUUCCUUGAGCAGCAGCUACCGAAUCUGAAAACAGUGUUCAGUGUGGCCGUUGCCUCUUAUGCCCUGGCCCUUGCGGACAGCCCCCGGGCUGAUGACCGACUGGAUGAUUUUGCAUCACCAGAUAAGAGUCACUGGCAGGUGAAAAAUGACAAGAAGUCUCUCUCCACGGUGGAGGCCACGGCGUAUGCUCUCCUGCAGAAGCUGCAGCUCGGUCGGCAUGGAGAUACACAUGCUAUCAGCAAGUGGCUCAUUGAGCGGCGGGAGCUCGGUGGCGGCUUCCACAGCACCCAGACCACAGUGGUGGCACUUGAGGCCCUGACACGGUACAGACAGGCCAUCCCCGCUGGCGGGGACUCGGCCAUCCAGGUCCAGAUCGCCGUUCCCACACGGGAGUUCGCUGUGAGGUGGACCUUUGACCAGACUAGUUCCUACCAGCUCCGCUCUCACAAGUUCUCGGCACAGGAUGACCUCAUCAUCAAAGCUAGUGGUACUGGAAAAGGUACCCUCUCUGUCUUGACCAUUUACCACAAGCUUCCACACAGCCAAAAGAGCUCUUGCCACCCUUAUCAUCUGAACGUAACCUUGCAUCCUGAUGAGAGAAGAGAAGAAGAGACCUAUCAUUUGAGGAUUGAGGCAAGGUACACGGGGCCCCAAGAUGCCACAAUGACUAUCCUGGAAGUGUCGCUGUUGACUGGUUUCUAUCCUGAUGAGGGUGACUUAAAGCAGCUUACAAGCAACAUUGAGAUGUAUGCUUUCCAAUAUGAGACCAAGACCAGCUCCAGUAACAGCUCUGUCAUCCUCUAUCUGGAAAAGCUCUCCAACCAAAUGAACACUGUGCUGAGCUUCCGCAUUCACCGGCUACUUAAUACAGAACUCUUGCAAGCUGCUCCUGUCACCAUCAUCAACUACUAUGAGCCUGAGGAGAGAUGCAGGGUCUUCUACAAUGUGCCGGGAGAUGCUGUGCUUAUGAGAAGGCUCUGCCAUAAAGACGUCUGCCGGUGUGCUGAAGAAAAGUGUCCAUCCCUAACCAGUAACCACAAUAUCAACCAAAAGGAACUGCAGAUCACAGCUUGUCAGCCAAGUGUUGACUUUGUUUAUAAGGCCCACUUGACAGAACUGGAGCAGAUUGAUACCUAUGUCUACUACACUAUGAAAAUCCUGGAAGUCAUCAAAAGUGGUACAGACAUUGGAGUUCUCAACAAAAACAAAAAAUUUAUCUCCCACAUAAUGUGUUUCCAUGCCCUUGGGCUGAAGGCCAAUGAGACAUAUUUAAUCAUGGGCCAGUCAUCAGAUCUGUGGAAGACGAGAGAUAACUACAGCUAUGCUUUAAGCACAGAUACCUUCAUCAUCAAGUGGCCAGAAAUAUCUGAUGUCGAUUUUUUGGAAUUUCGAAAUGAACUGGAAAAGUUUUCAGAAUUUCUAAGUAAUCAUGGCUGUGAAAAUUAGCUGGUCAGCAUCCAGCUGUGCCCUCAGAGGAGUGAUAAUAAAGAAUAUGAAUGCCUCCUAUCACUCAGCAGAGAGCUGGUAGAGGCACAAAAUGUGACAUACAAUUUCAGACGUAGCUAUUGUAAUAAUUUGUUUUUCUUCUUCUCAUUUUUUAUAUUUGUUCUAUUUGGGAACAGGGACUCAUUGGGAAAUGAUGAUAUUUAAAAAAAAAGAAAAAAAGCAUCAAUAAAAUUUUGAGGAUUUAAAAAACAA